AUUGAUCAACACUGGUGGCUCAAGCCUCCACGUGCACGUGGAGAGGCAUACAACAUGGAUGACAAAGUGUUCCGUCCUCUUGAGCCACGUGUUGUGAGAUCCAAAGGUCGCCCAAAAGGUGCAACUACAAGGACUUUGACACAAUCAUUGCAGGCAAAUCCUCAUGCAAAGCCUCGCAAGCAUCGUCAACAUGAGCCACGUGAGCCAUCCCGUCAUGAGUACAGUCAGGCAACACAGGAUAAUGCUCUACAAGCAUCUCCGCCAUCACAACCUGUAUGCAGAAAGCGUCGC